GCGCCCGCGCCGCCGCCACCAUGAAGAAGCAAUUCAACCGCAUGCGCCAGCUCGCCAACCAGACCGUGGGCAGGUAGGGACGGGGACGGGCCGUGCGCCCCGCCUGCACCUGCCGUGCACCCCACCUGCACCCCGCCUGCACCCCGCCUGCUCCGUACUUGCACCCUGCUUGCACCCCGCCCGCGCCUUGCUUUACCCUGCCCGCACCUGCCCUGCGCCCGCCCUGCCCCCCAGCGCCGGAGCACAUCGCACCCCGCUGCUCCCCUACCCCGACCCCAGCCCUGCAUCACCUUCCGGUGCUGCCCCCGGCAUCCCUGCAUGCAGCCGCACCCAUCCCUCGAGGGCUCCCCCCGGCUGAAGCGCGGAGCUUUGGGGCCGGCGUGGUGCGGGGUGGCGCACGUUGGGGUGCCUGUGGGGGUGUGGGGGUGCUGUGAUGCUCUCCGGGCCCACGGCCAGACCCGCGGCUUUGCCGGCGGUUGUUGUGUAAUUGCUGAGAUUUUGCAGCGGUGGGGGGGGGAGAAUGGAAGGAUUUAUUUUUUUUUCUUUUGCGACUCCAACACGGCGCCGGGGCGGGCAGCGGGGCAGGGCUGUGUGCGGUCACGCCAUUAUGGGGGCUGCUCCUUGUGUCCUCUGUGGGGCUGCCACCUCGCACCCAUAGCUGUGCAUAUAUCCUUCCAUCCCUCCGUGCAUCCUUCCUUCUAAUCCUGCAUCCCUCCCUGCAUCCACCCCUCCAUCCCUCCAUCCAUCAUCAUCCCUCCAUCCUCCUCCUUCCCGAGGUGAGUGAUGGGGACGAGCGGCAGCAGCUCGGUGCCUCAUCCCACAGCGCGGUGCAGUUACACAUCCCCACAGCACGGCCGCAGAUGGCUGCAGGUCCCCACCGGCACCGUGCAGCGGGAGCACGGGGAUGGAUGGAGGGGGCUGCACUGGGCUCGGUUCCAUCAAGAGGAGCAGGGACUGGGCUGGAGGGACGCAGCUGCUGCCAGCACCGUGCGUGCCCCACGCGUCAGCCUUCAAAAUGGGGUCACCGCCAGCCCCAGAGCCCUCCUGCCUCGCUGCUGAGCUCGGGGAGGGUGCAGAGCUCCGGGUAACGGCCGUCUGGGAGAUGCUCGUGGCAGGUGACGCAGGCAGGAGCAUGAAUUCGCAGCUUGGAGCGUUGCAGGGCGGUUUGUGCUCUGCUCCCCAGGCUGGGGACCGGCCAGUGGGAAGCUCUGCUCCAUAGGGCUCACGCCAGGCAGCCAGCCUGUCGCCCAUGUUUGCAACACUCCCGCUCGUGCACAGGCUUCUCAGCAGGCAAAUAAAUAAGUAAUCCUUUGCUGUGCUCUGCUGCAGCACUGCCUUGUGACCAGCUGGGUCCGUGGGUGCGGGGCUGACAUCCCUGCGGUGCUGCCACCCUGGGGACAGGGCUGUGUCCUGGACGGGUGCUGGAGGGUCUGUGCUGCAGAUGGAGGCCAUCCCUCAAGUUGCUGUAAGGGGCACUGGGGAUGCUGGGGGCAGUUUGCUCUGUGCCAUGAAGAUGGGAGGGGGUUCCCAGCUGAUCCCACUCCUCCCAGCAAGCCCUGUGGGCGUAGUUGUCUUCUCCUCAAGUGAGUGUGGACUGGGGCUGGGCACAGGGGACAAGAGCUGCCAUCCCCAGCCCCGUGCUCCUGCCCUGGGGUGUGCCUGGGGGGGCAGCUGAGGACUGUGCCCCUCUUAAGGACAUUGCUGCCAUGGCUUGUGCUAGGCUCGCAGCCUGGGCUGCCCCUUGGCACAGCCGAUGGGCUGAUCCAUCCUGCCACUCCCAUGCUUGUCCCCACUGUUGCUUUAUCUGGCCAGCACCUGAGCCGUGCACCUGUAUUAAAAUCGUGUUUUGAACAGUGCCAUUCCUCGGGGAAACCCCUCCGGUCCCCAUUCCAGGAAGCAGCAGCACUGCCCCUUCCCCGUACAGCUGCCCUUUCUUCAGCACCUCGAGCUUUGGAUGGGGGCCAAAGGCUGCGCUGUGCCGUUUACUCCAUUUGUUUACCAGAUAGAAAAAGGGGAAGGGCAAGAAGAGAGGGCAGAAGUGAGGAAGGACACGGCCACUUGGCACAGCACUGUCCCACUCUGCCAUCCCCUCCUGUUGUCCUCUGCUGCCUCCCCUCCUGCCCCACUGCGCCUUCCCGGUCCCAGGACUGGCUCUGUCCCUGCUGCCCCUCGCAGCCCUUUUCCCAGCCCUCUGACACAAACAAACACACAGGGCUGUGGGAAUCCUGGCUUUGCUUAAAGGAGGUGGAGAACCAAAGGUGCUCAUCCCUGGGACACACUCGGUGCCCAGCCUGGAGCAUCACCCAGCCUGGAUGUGACUGGUCUGUAGGGGAUGUGAUAUAUAUCUCCGUGGGGUGAAAAGAGGGAAGAGAGAUCAGGGAGUGGUUGUGAUGCUCGCUGAGUGUUCCUGCUUUAUUCCUGUGCUUCCCUAUUCCAUGUGUGGGGCUGCCAAGGCCAUGGGGAGCGGCUGUGGUGCUGCUCCUGCACACACAGCACCCGCCGGCUUUCCAGAACUGUCUGAGUGCCGAUUUCUCUCCGUCAGGAAGGGAACAGGCAGCGGCAGCCUCAUGCAAAGUGACACUCCUGGGUGCCUGAAGGCACAGCAGGCAGCUGAGAAUGCAGUCAUGGGGGGGGAGAGGAGGGGGACGUGUCCUCCUUGGGGUUGUUUUGGGGUGGCUUUGGGGGGCAGCAAGCUCUGUUCCUGGGCAGAGCCUUUUCCUCAAGCCUCGGGAUGCCUACGCUUCAAGCUACAGGCUUUAAAUAGAGAGGCUUUUUUUUUUUCUGCAUGCAGCCUUGCAAGAAGCAAGGAUGGAGGGAGUGAGGACGAGCUGCGCUGCCGGGGAUUUUCCGACAGGGUUUGCAGCAGGGCACGGCGUGCUGUGUGUUGUGGGGUGCAGCUCACUGUCAGCCUGCAGCCCCCCAUCCCACCGCCCACCCCAGGCAGACCCUGAGCUCUCUGGGCUCGGGGAGCAGAGCUGUGGUGGCAGCGGGCGCAGGCAGCCAGCCGGGUAUUUUUAUCCUCCUCAGCCGGCAGCGCUGGCGAAUGGAGCAAUGAAAUAUUAAUGGAGCAGUCUGAAUGUUUUGUCCCCAAAUUGCACAUAAAUCACCGUCACUCCUCCCGGCUCCCCGAACCUGCAGGGAUCUGCCAAACGUGUGUGCUGCGGGGCAGGGCCAGGAGAUGCGCGCGGGGUCCGGCCCUGGUUCUGUGUGGUCCUGGAGGCAGCUCUGCACGCAGGGCUGUGCCUUAAUUAAAGCCUCCUUCUGACUCACUCCCCAUCGGCAAAGCCGAGCAGUGCCCUGGGGUGCCCGAGCUGCACGCUGAACCGUGCGUGGCAAAACCUCACCCAGGGGUGCCGGCACCCAGGGGUGCAGGUGGAGCUGCUGGGGGUCGGUGUGGGGCAGGGAGCUGCUCAGCCCUGCCCUCGGGAUGCUCUUUCCUGUCCUUGGGAACCCGUCCUUGGCACUCCAGGCUGUUUGUGGGAUGCAGCGCAGCCCCCGCGGCCGACAGACCGCAUCCCAGCUGCAUCGACUCUGGGGGAUGGUUUUCCCAUUUGGGGAGAAUAUUGCAGCAAAAUGCUGAAUGGGAUUUGAAAUGGCCAAAAUCGAGGCUGUGCUUCUUGCGUUGGUUGGUUGGUGCAUCCCCAAAGCUCACUCUGUGGUGAAGCAUAGCUGUAUAGUGGUGCCCAUACGUGGGGAUAUCCAUGCGUGGGGGCAUCGUGGCAGGAUUUGGAGCGCUCCUCCACCCCUCCCUGUGCCACAGCAGCAGGGCUCAGCCCCGGGGAAGACAUCUCCCUCUGGUUUGGGAGCAUGUUGUGAUGUGGAAGCCUGGAUUCUGCCUCCUGGUGCUGGGAUGGGAUGCUCAGGGGAAGCCGACGGCUCACUGCAGCUCCGGGGUCAGUGCGCAAUUCCGUGUUGGAAGAUUAUGUAGUGUUUAUCACUAAAUCAAAUUAAUUUGCUCCACUGGUGUUGAUUUCCAGUGGCAACAAUUGGUUUUCACAGAAGCCAACGCCAAGCAAAUUGUAGCUGCAUCCCCCGCUCGUUUGCUUCCAACUCCGUGUACUAAUUGUCCCCUUCCUCCCAGAUGCUCGCGGGGACCCAAAUGUCUGCAUGGUGACCGAGGCCGAGGAUUGCCUGGAUUUGUGCUGAGAAAAACAGCUCUGGGGUGGGAGUGUGGAGGGGAAGGGGAGGAGCGUGCUCUGUGCCUGGUGGAAGGAUGGGAGAGUGCACAGAGCCGCUAAUCCCCCCUGCCCAACACAGCGCACAGUGUGGGCACUGGGGGGGCCGGGGGGCAUUCCUGGGGCGCAGGGUUGGGCUGUAAGACAGCAGCGCUGCUGCCAGACUGCUUUCCCAAUGGGUUGCUUUGGGUGUGAGCGAGGUUUUGUAGGGCAGCGUUGUUGGAGGCACCCGUGGGGGACAGUAAAGCCACCACGCAGCGGGGAGGAGGUGCAGCAGCCCCUCCAAAGCCGUGUUCAUGAUAGGCUGAGGUGCUGGAAACAUCACGGGUAGAAUGGGAUUUCUCCGGCGCAGAGCUGCAGUGCAAUCUGAUGUCAGUGGAGUAAGACUGUGUGAUUUUUUUCUUUUUUUUUUGCCUUAUAGUCUUUACGUGUAAAACAGCAAUCUGGAACGGCAUGUUCCGGGCUGAUGUGCUUUUGGAGAUGCUGUUUGGUUCUCACACCCCUGGGUGUCAUCUCCAGAUUCUGGAGCGCUGCCGGUGGGAGCAAACCCAGGGAUGAGAUGGAUCUGCUGUGGGUUUGUCUCAGCGUUCUGGAACAGAAACAGGAACCUUCAGACAGAGGAGCAAGAAAAGGACUCUCUGCCUUCUUUUCUCCCCCUUCUGCAAAGCCGGGCUGUUUGCUGGUGGGCUCCCAGCCCACCCAGUGCAGGGUGUGGGUGCUGGGCCGGGUGUUACGGGCAUGGAGGUUUUCCUGUGCUGCAAGUGCUUGAAAGCAGAACAAGGCCAGAUUUUGUUAGCCCGCGUGCGGUGUUGUUUUCUGCUUCCUGCACAUGCAUUACAGCCCAGCACGUGGCGUUUUGUGACGGCUGGGAGAGAUCUGCAGGAGCUGGACAGCCCCAGGCGUGCAAACCCACCAUUUGGCUGUCCAGAAAAGGAGAAAGCACACAAAAAGUGUUGCUUUUUUUGGAGCACUUUCUGAAUGGUGAUGGCCGUUUGCAUGGACGCAAAUGAGGAGCAGAGUGCUCAGUGCACCCUGGGGCUGAAGUGGGGAUGGGGCACGGAGGACGUGCAGCGAUGCCUUGCUCCCGGAGCUGUGCAUGGGUGAAUGUGCACGAUGCUCUCAUGUCUCUCUGCUCCCUCCUUCCUCUCCGUGGAUGCUGAAUAGAUGGAGCACCGUGUCUGCUCUGUCUGCUUCUGCACAGCAGAUACAUGAUGCUGAACGUGUUCUGCUCCUGGUGCCUGGGAUGGGGAGCACUGUGUGGGUGCUGUGUGUGGGUUUGCCCUCUGUUGCCUUUGGGUUUUUGCUGCUUUCUCCCAUGUUCAGGAUAACUUUGCCCAACUUCCAACCUUGCCUGAAAGAGCUGAAGGUGAUCUGCAGGAGAGGAGUAAAAUCUGAGCAGCUCUUGCUUUUGUUUGGUUUGUUUUGUUUUUAAAUGCAAGGGAUCCAAAGUGACCGCUUUCCCCAGAGGCUCAUUUCUCACCUACCGUUCUGGCUGGGCAUAAAAAUCUUUACUUUUCUACACGGCUGCCAUCACCCAUCUCCAUCUGUACACAGGUGGGCACAGGUGUGUUAGCAUGGUGCCUUGAAGGUGCUUAAAUAAUGCAAGGCAUGGAUGACAGGUGGGAUUUUGCUCUGGAAGGCAGAGUGACAGCUCCAUGAAAGGGUUUGGGAGUGUCCCAGAGGAGCACCGGACCCCUGGGGCCGUACCCCCAUUAGGUGAAGAGCUGAUCCAUUGCUUUCCAAAUACAGGAGAUCGCAAUGCGUGCAUUUAAAUCCAAUUUUUUAAUGGAACCAGAUGGGCUCUCUAUGCCUCUUUCAAACAAACUGCUUUCAAUUGGACGUUAUGACAAGUUUCGUAUGCAAGCCAGAUUUAGCACCGUUAAUUCACAUUUUCAGAAAGGCUUUGAGCGAAGCGUGCUCUCCAGCGACCUCACAGACAUCCCUGCCCUGCUGGGAGCUGUGCUGCCGCCACAGCCUGUCAGCUUUUUCUCCAUUGUUCUUCACUGCACUGGAACAGGUUGCCCAAGGAGGCUGUGGAUGCCCCAUCCCUGCAGGCAUUCAAGGCCAGGCUGGAUGUGGCUCUGGGCAGCCUGGGCUGCUGGUUGGCAACCCUGCACAUAGCAGGGGGUUGGAACUGGAUGAGCAUUGUGGUCCUUUUCAACCCAGGCCAUUCUAUGAUUCUGUGAUUCACUUCCACUUUCACGUUCUUCAUUUCCUCUUUCUUGCUCUCUGUUUCCACCUUUUCAGUGCUUGGUCUCUCACUGCUGAGAAAACAGCCUUGGAUAUUGGAAAGCGAGGAGAGCUGGGGGAGGUUGGGUGCUGUUUGGAAGGAGGUCAGAGGAUGUGGCUGUGCUGCAGCCUCGUGUUAAGCAGUGCUGAACAUGGAGAGCAUAACUGACCUUUGCAUUUCAGCUCAGUUCCGCGCUCUGUCCAAGCGCAUCGUGGCAUAGAUAAUGUUUUCAAGAAGUAAUGAUUUACCAAAGCUGUAAAAAGCCCCUCAGGUUAUGAAUGUGCAUUACACCGUGCCGUGGUGUAACUGUUCCCCUCUCGCCCAGCGGUGCAGCAUCAGUGCACGCAGGGGCUCCUGGGUCUGCAGGGCUGAGAAGACAGAGGUGCUGAGCGAAGAUCUCCUGCAGGUGGAGAAGCGGCUGGAGCUGGUGAAGCAGGUGUCCCACAGCACCCACAAGAAGCUGACGGCAUGUCUGCAGGGCCAGCAGGGCGUGGAUGCCGACAAGCGCUCGAAGAAGCUGCCACUGACGACGCUGGCGCAGUGCCUGACGGAGGGCUCGGCCGUGCUGGGCGAUGACUCCCUGCUGGGGAAGAUGCUGCGGCUGUGCGGGGAGGCUGAGGACAAGCUGGCGCAGGAGCUCAUCCAAUUCGAGCUGCAGGUGGAGAGGGACGUCAUCGAGCCGCUCUUCGUGCUGGCCGAGGUGGAAAUCCCAAAUAUCCAGAAGCAGAGGAAGCACUUAGCAAAGCUGGUUCUGGACAUGGACUCCUCGAGGACGAGGUGGCAGCAGUCUGCAAAGUCCUCGGGGCUGUCGAGCAACCUGCAACCAUCGGGAGCCAAAGCCGAUGCUCUCAGGGAGGAGAUGGAGGAGGCGGCAAACAGAGUGGAGAUUUGCAGGGACCAGCUCUCGGCUGACAUGUACAGUUUCGUGGCCAAAGAAAUAGACUAUGCAAACUACUUCCAAACGCUGAUCGAGGUGCAAGCUGAGUACCACAGGAAGUCACUGGCACUUUUGCAGAGUGUGCUGCCUCAGAUCAAGGCCCAGCAGGAAGCGUGGAUGGAGAAGCCGUCCUUUGGGAAGCCGCUGGAGGAGCACCUGGCUGUCAGCGGGCGCGAGAUCGCCUUCCCGGUGGAGGCCUGUGUCACCAUGCUGCUGGAGUGCGGCAUGCAGGAGGAGGGCCUGUUCCGUGUGGCUCCCUCUGCCUCCAAGCUGAAGAAACUGAAGGCUGCUUUGGACUGCUGCGUGGUGGACGUGCAGGAGUACUCGGCCGACCCGCAUGCCAUUGCAGGAGCACUCAAGUCCUACCUGCGUGAGCUGCCAGAGCCGCUGAUGACGUUCGAGCUGUACGAGGAGUGGAUCCAGGCCUCCAACAUCCCAGAGCAGGAGAAGAGGCUGCAGGCCCUGUGGAAUGCCUGCGAGAAGCUGCCCAAGGCCAACUACAACAACAUCAGGUACCUGAUCAAAUUCCUGGCCAAGCUGACCGAAUACCAGGACAUGAACAAAAUGACGCCGAGCAACGUGGCCAUCGUGCUGGGUCCCAACCUCCUGUGGCCACAGGCAGAAGGGAAUAUCACAGAGAUGAUGACGACCGUCUCCCUGCAGAUUGUGGGCAUCAUCGAGCCGCUCAUCCAGCACGCCGACUGGUUCUUCCCUGGAGACAUUGAAUUCAACGUCACCGGCAAUUAUGGCAGCCCCAUGCACGUGAACCACAACGCCAACUACAGCUCCAUGCCCUCCCCAGACAUGGACCAUGCUGACCGCAAGCAGCACGACCAGGCGCGGCGGCCACUCAGCGUGGCCACAGAUAACAUGAUGCUGGAGUUUUACAAGAAGGAUGGCAUGGGCGUCAGGGUGAUGGACACCUCGUGGGUGGCACGUAGAGGCACCUCAGGGGCACGCAAGACACCCGCCACCCCCCCGGCCACGCAGCCGCCCGCGCCGCCCGCCGAGCCGCCCGCCACGCCGCACUCACCCAUCCCCGAGCAGGUUCCUGAUGUGUCAGCGAGCCCCUCAUCUCCUGCCACCAGCUUUGGCUUCCCGCCCACAGCCGAGCGGGCAAGCACGCGUGGUGUGCCGCCCGCCUGGCCGGAUUGCUGCUACAGCCUCCCCUGCCCCGAGGAAAAGCGGGGGCCCCCGGCCCCUGGUCCCCAUCCCUGUCCCCUGCCCUGGACACAGCCUGCACUGCGCCUCUGGCCGGGCUGCAGCCAGAGCCUUCCUCCCUCCCGCUCCUUCUCCUCUUCCCCCUGCUCCCCCCGGCCACUCGCCCCCCACCCUCGCCCCAAGCCUUGCUCCCUGCUGGUCCCCACGCCACGCUCUCUUGCCCCAUGGCACUGCCCGCUCCCCAUUGCCACCCCGCUGCUCCUCCCCACCCCCCGGCCCCACACGCUGCCCUCUCCCCCUGGGGGCGGCCGCAUGCCUGCGGGAGCCAACCUGGCCAGCACACUGAAGCCCAAGGAGCUGUCACCCAUCUCCACAGCGCAGAAGGGCGGCGGGCAGCAGCCCAUGGCCACACCACCAUCCCCCGCCGAGCAGAGCCCGCGCGCCCCACGCAAAGCCUCCAAGAAGCUGGCGCCCAUCCCACCCAAGGCACCCUCCUCGGGGGGCACCUCGGAGCCGCCGGCGGGCCAGCCAUCCCCCGGCAGCCUGUCCCCCACCCCGCCGGGCACCCCCGCACCCUAUGGACUCGCUUACCCGCAAGGCUACUGCCUGGCCUCAGGUCAGCUGUCCCCAGCCGCCGCACCUUCCCCGUCUCCUCCUCCUCCUCCUCUUCCUCCCCUGGGCAGCUCUGUAACCAAAUCUCGACCCGUCCCCAAGCCGAGGCAGAGGCCCUCGCUGCCGCCGCCGCAGCCCCCCACGGCCAGCGCGUCCGGCUGUAGCCCCCAGCCCACGGAGCCCCCCCUGCUCGACGCCGCGGCCCCCGGGGAGAGCGUGCCCACAGGUCUGCUGCACUUCGAGCUGCCGUCCAUCCACAUGGGGGGCCUGGAGGCCGCGCUGCGCCGGGACCCGCUGGACGCCGCGCAGAGAGUGCAGCUGAAGGGCCCCGCGGAGGAGGAGGAGGACUCGGAGAGCACGGCCCUAUGACGGCGUCCCCUCCGCCCGUCCCUGCGGCCCCCAGCCCCACACCCGGGUGCUGCCGCUCUGUAGUUGGGUUCGGUUCGCCUUAUCCAGACUUUGCCUUGUGACUCGGUGCCUAUGUUCCCCCCCCCUCCCCCCCGGCACGUCCUCGUGGUGGCAGCGGGGCUGGAGAGGCACUGACGCCCCAUUCCCCUCCGAUGUGGGGCAGCAGCCCGAGGUCUCGUCUCCCCACUCCGUACCCCCAGGGCUGGGAUGUGAGGACGGCCCCAUAGCAAUAAGGCGGGCGUGGGGUGCGGCCCCGUCCCCCGUUUGCUGUCGUCGUGGAGCAGAGGCUUUGGUUGUGCAUGCAAAGACAAAGUCACCUUUUAUCCUUUUCAGAGAGAUGACAUAUAUAUAUAUCUGGUGGGCAUAGAUAUAUAUAUAUAUUAUAUAUUUGUAUAUAUAGAAAUAUAUAUAUAUAGAUUCGUUUUAUUUUGAGCCAUUCCAUCCAAUCUGGUGUACAAACGGACUCCGUCCAUGGGAACGCUUCGUGGCACCGCCCCGACCCCCCUCCGGCCCCACUGCUUCUGCACCGCCGCGCUGUGACCAUCACCCGCAGCACGGGGAUGGCCGGGGGGGGGCAGGAGCAGCUGGAAUAAACGUGCACAUCGCUGUGGAACUCGC